CAUUUAUACUAUUGGCCUCUGAUAUUGACAUUGAUGAUGCAAUUAAUAUUGGUUAUGAAAGAGCCAUUUUUUUAGCAAGACAUUUUGAAAUAAAUUCUAUACCCAGCGAUGCCUAUUAUUUUAAUAUCUACAAAAAAAUUUCUACUUCGCAAUUUGAAGAUUUUUGGAAUAAAGAUUUAAAUCUUGAAAUAGCUAUUAAUAAUGAAUAUAAUAUAGAUAAUAGUUUAUCUGUUUCUUAUUGUAUAAGCGAUGCAAUAUUUAAAAUGAAUAGAACCAAAAAAUUAAUUUAG